GCCAAGUUGGCGGCGGCGUGCGCUGGUAUCAUCUACUUCUUGACAUACGUCCCGUGCAUGUAUCUGGCCGUCCGCGAGGAGACCGCCAACGAUAAGAUACCGUUUUGGGGCAAAACUCUGGCCUCAUUCCUGUCGACCACUGCGUUCGGAAUGGGCGCCAAGUAUUUCGCUUUUUACGAAGAGGUGGGCGUCGGUGUCCAGUGGUCUAACAUCGCCACCUCUCCCGUCGAGGACGACGAGUUCACCCUUUGGAAUGUGAUCAAUAUGAUGGUCUUGGAUGCGCUCCUAUACGGCACACUCGUCUGGUACAUCGAGAACGUCCAUCCGGGCACUUACGGCCUGCCGAGACCGUGGUAUUUCCCGUUCACCAAGAGUUAUUGGUUGGGAACACCCAUUGGCGACGACGACGUGUUCUGUUCGGGACUGGCGUUGGGCUCCAAGAAGUUGUCCGCCGAGCGGAAGAAGUCCCGCUCGAGGCCGCCCUCCGAGUCCAUCAAUUUGAAUGAUUUGAUUUACUUCGAGUCCGAACCCAUCAAUUUGACACUCGGUGUGUCUAUUCUUAAUCUGGUUAAGCGCUACACGAAGAGCACCCCUCCGGCCGUUAACAAACUGUCCGUCAACUUAUACGAGGGUCAGAUCACGUGCUUUCUGGGCCACAACGGGGCGGGAAAGACCACCACAAUGUCUAUACUGACCGGUCUGUUCCCACCCACGUCUGGCGAGACACACAUCUACGGUCUGGACAUCAAGACCGACAUGGAUGUGAUCCGACAGUCGAUGGGUAUAUGUCCGCAGCAUAACGUCCUCUUUGACGAGUAUGUGUUUCCCAUUGAGUUUCGCGACACAUAUAAUGCAAAAUUACUGACAGUUGAAGAGCACCUCUGGUUCUACUCGAGGCUCAAAGACGCCAACGGAGGAAACGGAGCCGACUUUGAAGAGGACAUCAAUAAAAUGAUAUCCGACCUCUCGUUACCGAUAAAACGGGGUAAAACUGUUGAGAGCCUAUCGGGUGGUAUGAAAAGGAAGUUAUCGGUGGCCAUCGCCUUCAUCGGCGACUCAAAAGUGGUGAUUCUGGACGAGCCGACCGCCGGUGUCGACCCGUAUACCCGACGUGCCAUUUGGGACUUAAUACUCAAGUACAAGAGCACCCGAACGAUACUACUGUCCACUCAUCACAUGGACGAGGCGGACGUGUUGUCCGAUCGCAUAGCCAUACUGUCCAACGGGCAGAUCAAGUGCUGCGGGAGUCCGCUGUUUCUGAAGCACAACUUAGGCGAAGGCUAUCACUUGAUAUUCGUGAAGACACCCGACUACCGGACCCAUCACACGGGUGGCUCAGCCGAUCCGCCAUCGCUCGAAGUGCAAGCAUUUGUCCAGAAGUACGCGCCGACCAGUAAAUACCUCUUCGAGACCCGCGAAGAGAUUCACUUCAUUCUGCCUAACGUUGAGCUCAAGAACUUUGUCCGCCUCUUCUCGGCGCUCGAGAAUCACCGCAAUCUGUGCGCUCUCAACGUCCAGACGUUUGGCCUUAAGAACACUACUCUGGAAGAGAUAUUCCUCAAAGUGGCGUCCAAUUGGAACUUCAAUGUAUUGAAGACAACGUUUCAACAGAACCACAAACGGACGCAUUCGUGGGACAAACCGUCGACGAGUGCCGCCGCGGCCGCAGCUUCUUCGGCGGCUGUCAACUCUCACCCGUCGGCCAUUCAUUACGACUCGGGCUUCAAAGUGGAGAACCGGGAGUACAUGAAAAUGCCGACCGCGAAAGUGGAGUGCAAACGGCGGCUACUGAUGAACCAAUUCUCGGCCAUUCUGUUCAAGCGGUGGUGCUGUACGAAGAGGAACUGGAAGGGCCUGUUCUCGCAGAUACUGUUGCCGGCGUUCUUCGUCUGCGUGGCGAUGAGUGUGGCCUUAAUAGCGCCCAAAUCGCAAGAUCUGCCGGCGCUGGUCCUGUCGCCCGCCCACUACUACAACUACACCCAACACUUGGGCGGCACUGUUAUGCCCUACGACGAGAGGGAUUGGGAUCCCAAACACCCGCACCAGUCGGACAACAUAUCUGACACAUUCCACUUGCCGUCGGGUGUGGGCGCCACGUGUCUGCUCAAGUUGUCGGACCCGGGAUUCGCUCACAAUUACACCCAACUAAGCGAUUACGAUCUCAUCUCGGAGUACCUCAAACUGAACGACGGCUGCACUUCAGUGCUGUUGCCCGGCGUUAAGCCCCGCAUAUUUUUGCCGGUGGCGCCCACCAGUCGGUCGCCCACCGUCACCACAACCCAUAGCCCACUACACAUGUACUCAGACAACUUGACCACAACAGCGCCGACACCGACGCCCCACUACUUUGACUAUUAUCCGUACUGUCAGUGCGCGGCCGACGGCACCGGCUAUAUAUGCGACGCCACGGGCUUUCAAAUGCCCCCCUCAUUCAAACUGAUCACCGGUGAUAUACUCAUCGACGUGACGGGUGUCGGUCGCGGCGAUCGGGAGCACCUCUACUACAUCACCACAACCGNUUUUAUCCCUCUAUAA